GCGGGGCUAAUCGGAGAAGCGGUUCAGGAAACAGCCUUCUGGAGUUUGGACUGCGAGCAAGCCGGGAAUAUCAGCUCCUGUGUGGCUCCUGCUGGGGUUUCUCUGAAACUUUUACCGUCCUCCCCCCCGGCUUUAGACUCGAGGUAAUGGACAAUUAAGGAGACUUUUUUCACCAACUCCCCUCCCGGACAACAACUUGAAAAGCGAGUCAGAAGCGCCGCCGCCCUCACUUGGAACCCAGCCUCAACAGAAGCCGCGAUGGGCAAACAGAACAGCAAACUCCGCCCCGACGUCAUGCAGGACCUGAUGGAGAACACGGACUUCACCGAGCACGAGAUCACCGAGUGGUACAAGGGCUUCCUGCGGGACUGCCCCAGCGGCGCGCUGACCAUGGAGGAGUUCAAGAAGAUCUACGCCAACUUCUUCCCGUACGGCGACGCCUCCAAGUUCGCCGAGCAYGUCUUCCGCACGUUCGACGCCAACGGGGACGGGACCAUAGACUUCAGGGAGUUCAUCAUCGCCCUCAGCGUCACCUCGCGCGGCCGGCUGGACCAGAAGCUGAAGUGGGCCUUCAGCAUGUACGACCUGGAUGGGAACGGAUACAUUAGCAAGGCAGAGAUGCUGGAGAUUGUAACGGCCAUUUACAAAAUGGUUUCCUCCGUUAUGAAAAUGCCCGAGGACGAAUCCACACCUGAGAAACGCACAGAUAAGAUCUUCAGGCAGAUGGACACAAAUCGAGAUGGGAAACUGUCUCUGGAGGAGUUCGUCGAGGGAGCAAAAAACGACCCCUCCAUCGUGCGACUGCUGCAGUGUGAUCCCAGUAGUGCCGGGCAGUAGGAGACUGGACUCCUCCCACGUCUCAUUUAGCACAUUUAUACAAAUUUCUCUUUCCUGACCCACCUGAGAUUCUUUGAGGUUCGACCCCUGGACCUGUAGAGGCCCAUGAACAGGAAACGCGCCCAGCUGCAGUUGUACAGACGGUAAAUGCUAACGCCUGACGUAAUCUUUUAGACGCACCGUUCAUGCGCCUCUGUCUGGUCAAAGGCUCCGUGAGAACACGGGUCUCUUACGUGGUACAAGUAUGACUUGAAGGACUAAAAAAAAAAAAAUCCCAUCAAAGACUUGUUGAAAUCGAAGCCGUCCCUGCACUGGGAGUGAGCCGACGGCCCGGCGAGGAUAAUCUAGUUAUCCUGUGUGGUACGAUGAGGCAAAACCAAGUUUCGUUUUUAUUGUUAUUAAUAUUAUUAUUUUUUGUUUAAAGCAUAAUUCCCUAUUUAAAGUGAAUCAUGCUUGAUUCAUCUGUGGAACUGAUUUUUGAUGGUGAACAGGUCUUGAAGUAUUUCAAUAUCAACACUGGAAAAUAAAAAAAUGAAGUGUACAGAUCGGGGGCUACAAGUUUUCCCAGCUGGCAGGAUUUUUUUUUUUUUAGAUUAUAAAUCUGGGAAUUGUAGUUUUCAGACAUAUACAUUUUUUAUGUGAUUUUUUUUUUUUUGAAGAAUGUUUUAUUGUACCAAAACUGACUUGAUUCCUGAAUGAAGAGGAAUUACAGCUAACUUGUGUACAGAUUCACACACAUGAAUUUGACAUAUAAAGUUAGUUUUUUUUCUUCAACUAUGAUUAUUAUCUGAAUUUAUAGGUAUGAACUUACUUAUUCUUUUGUUCUGAUGUGGCAGUUUGCUGCAGCAUUUAAAUCUUGACAGGAACGUGUUAACUAUUUCAUUUAUUUGACAUGAACGAAACAGUAUAUUCACUCAUAUUUAUAUUAGACGUGUUUAAAAAAAUUAAUAAAUAAAAAGGAGAGGACCACGUGAUGCAUUUAACUUGAAAAAUCGCGUUAUUUUUAAAGAUGGCAAUCAUUCACAGCAUUUCCUUUUGUUUUGUUUUUCCUGUGCGACUGUGUUCAGUCUCCAAAGUAAAGUGCAAGAAAAAUAAAAUUUUCUACCGAUCAUGUCUCCUUCAUGUUUGUCCUCACCUGAGUAAAUACCGUGACAGUUAAACUUGCUCUUUUUGCCCCGUUUUUUUUUUUACUGUAUGCCGACAGAUAAUUAAAAAAAAAAAAAGAAAAAGAAAGAAAAAGAAAUUGGGGCUUCUGCACCUUCCUGUACAACAAAACGGUGCUUUUUAACUCCAUGUUUCAUUUCAGUAGCAUCUUGUGGUCAAGUGCCAAACACMGAUGAAUUGAAAACACAAACAGAAAACAGUAUUGUAUCAGUUUUUACUGUACACACACCGGUUGCGCAAACGUCACUGUAUCAUUUUGUAGAUUUUGUAAUGUUAAUUUGCAUACUGUAUUCUGUGUAGGCUGUCCAUUUUGUUUAAUCAAAUAAAGACGAAAUGGGAAAA